CACGCCUCAGACCUACCUGGAGGGCGAGAGAGGAGUAACCUGAACAGGAAGCAGAGGCCGAUGUGGCGGGGAAAGAGAAAAAGACGGGAGGGGAAAUAAAAAAAAAGCUGCCCACAAUUGGUGAAAGGUUUAACUUUGGAAAACACCCUCUUUCCCCCUGUUUGAAAGUUCGGAGGGGCGAUGGGGUUCGCUGGGGUGUGCUUUCUGCUGUUAAUGGGCUCCCUCCUACUAAAAGACUCUGAAAUGAUCUCAGUCACUGCCCGUGAGGGUAUGACUAUAAACAUCAAGCAAGCACCUGGGGGUUUGCAGAAUUCUGAUUGCAAAAUUUGCAUCACGGAAGAAGAAUGUUAUGACGAUUACCAGAUCAAUCCAGGAAAUGAGUUUGAAUUUGACUUCAGCUGCAGUGACCCUGAGCAGAUAUUUGUUGCUGAAGUUCAAAUAAAUAUUGAAAGCAAAGAGGCCAAUCUGACUGAUGCAGUGACUCUGCCGGAGUUGCCACAGCUCAACAGGACCUACAUCUGGGACAUUACUGUACCUUACAAAGUGGGGGUGCACAUGAGUUUUGAACACAAUCACUUGGAGCAGAUCGACUCCAUUGAAUGCGAGGAUUCUCUCACAUACACCAUCAAGGGCCACUUACGCUCUGAGGCCACAAGUGCCGUCCUAGUUGGUAACUUUUGUCGCAAUGGCACCAUCUCUAACGUGAAGGUCCAGGGCAGAACAGUAGUCGUGCUAAAAGUCCCCUGGAGUGAGCCGAUUGAGGGUGCAGGAUUUCAGCUGUUCUUCGUUCUUCCUAUUGGAAAGUUCAGUGUUAUCAAUGUGAAUCUGCAGCCUGGUUUUCCGGCCAACUUCAUGUCGGCUGAUUGGCCCGAUGGCUUUCCAAACGAUGAGCUGAUGUCCUGGCAGUUCUCCAUCCCCUCCAACUACCAUGCUAACGUCACCUAUGAGACUUUGACCUUCCCACAGUGCAUCAAGAGGAAGGCGGAUGUGUACACAAGGCAGCCAAUCGUUGGGAAAAUGGAAGGGAAACAUCGAACAGAUUUUGUUUUAAUUUUGCAGAACUGUGACAUGGACCAGACAAGUCCCCAAGUGCUAACCUUUAGGUUCCGGGUUGAUCUCCUUCAGUGUAGAGAGAGUUAUGAAAUCAAAGUGAGCGAGGGCGAUUCGAUGGUAUUUAAGCAGAUCUCGGAGACAUCUGGAGUUGCCUUUCCCCUGCUUUGUAUCUGCACCUCUCCCGAGCUGACAUCCAACUGUGACACCAAGUUGCGAUUGGAAGGUGGAGAUCACACGAACGUCUCUUUCAACUCCAAAUGCGACCCGACACGGGAUGUCAUUGUGGAAGCCACCAGGAAUAUCUCCUGUAAAGAUGUAGAAGAGUGCUCGGUGAAUAAUGUGGACCUGGCCUUGCCCUCUGUACUCUCGACACUGCCCGUGGCCCAUCAGACCUUCAAGUGGGUGCUCACACAGCCGUCAGAACUGACCAUUGAGUUGGCGUCUGAGCAUCUGAAGCUGCAGCAGCUGCUCCAGGGUGACAAGUGCGAAGGCAACUUGACGUAUAAUGUCAGCACAUUCAGCCGAGAUGGUGCUAGGUCAGUGGUUGGCCAGUUCUGUCCCAAAGGAGCAUUGGAGAGGAUCCAGACAGCUGACCACGUGUUAGUGGAGCUGAGGACAUCACAUGGCUGGGACUCCAAAGACCAGGAUGUCAAACUGUCUUUCAUUCCCCGCCUCACAGAGGACUACAUUAUGAACAUUAUCCCAGACGUCGACUCCCCAGUGCACCUCCUCAGUCCUAACUGGGGAUCUGGAAUGCCUAACAGGUUAACUGCGUCAUGGAAUAUCUCCGUUCCUCCGGACCACGUGGCUGAGCUUACUUUUAUGAAGCAGUUGAUCCCUAAGUGUGAACAUGGGCAUGUGACCAUUGUGAUCAUCGAGCAGAUCAGUGACGGCGUCCACUUGAGCUACAGGGAAUCAGACACAAUCCCCGAGUCAGUCCUGGAACUGCACCACAGGUUCUGGCUAAACGUGUCCAACUGUGAAACUUCAAGUGGCCAGCUGAGUCUGAUGUUUCAGGUGCUGGUACGUGAAGAUUCGAUGGAUAUUAUAACGAUUGCUGCUGCUGUCGCUGGAGGUGUGGUCCUUCUCAUUGUCAUCGCUGUGAUUAUCUGCUGUGUUAGACAACGGAAAAGGCAACAACAGUUGACUGCCCUUGGCACGUACUAUCCUGGUGUGAGCAGCCGUAAGCCAGGUCAGAGGAGGAAGUUUGUGAAGGGGAGACAGGACAACGAAUCGCACAUUUACGCCGUGAUUGAUGAGGACCGUAUUUACGCUGAUUACUUCAACAAGUCAGGAAUGUCGACUGUCCCCGAGGUGGACGUGUAUCGUUCUUUCGAUGGUCCGAUGGGUGAGAUGCCACCUUCUCUCCCUCCUCCCCGCAGCACCGUGUCCAAAGACACCUGGCCAGAGGGCAUGUCCAUGGUAGCCAAUGACCUGUAUACGUUCUCAGUGAAGAAACAGGACGUGGAGAAGAGUAUCCUUGAGAAGGAUGAACAAGAUUCCAGUUCCUAGCAAACCAUUUGCUUGGUUCUAACAAACUGUGUGUGCGUGUACACAUGACGACUACAAAGAAAUAAUAUUUUGAUGGGCUGUGCCUCCCUGGUUUUAACCUUUUUCUGAAUGUGGCAACAUUUUGGGGCAUUUUUGUUUUGAUGUAAUGCUCUGCCUUCUGCUUUUUGCUGUGUCUCGUGGUGGGGCUUAGUUCCACAUCAUCCCGAACAUCACCUUUACAUCACCUGCACUGUUCACGGCUCCCCUUCAACACAGAUAAUGGGAAACACAGAGGGAAGUGUUUUAAACUUAUAAAGGUACGCCUCCUCUCUGUGGUAUUGCUAGGGAUGGCCAUUGCCAUUACACUCAUUUGAAAGUGGCAUUGCAUUCAGCACAAGCCACUUGUCUGUAAUUUUAUUUUGUCUGCUCAUUAUCUGUGACUGUAAGUCCAGACUAGCACAAAUUCCUUAAUGUAGCCCGCUGUAGACACUGAACCUGAUCAGCCACUGAACGAGACAUUGCAUUUGUUCUUUUUAUUUCGUAUGGUUUGUAAUAAUUCUUAGAUGUCUGGCUCCUCGCUUCACCCAACACUCUCUGAGGAGUGUCCUUCAAACUAAUUAUAACUAGUUGUCAUCUUUUUGAACUGGUUUACCCAGGUCACAGCUUGUCCCAGUUCACAUGGAACACGAAUGCCCACUGGCUGAGUACAGUGAAGAUUCAGUUCCUGCCUCUUCACAGCUAAAUCAUUUUCAGUUACUGAGUUGCGCAGGAGGCAGAUGAGAGUAAAGAUUACUUUUUAAAUUGUCUUUUUUUUAAAAAAAAAAGUUGUCCCUUUUGUCCCAGAAAACCAAAUGAUUUAUUGCACCUAAAGUGACAGGAGUUUUGUGUUAUAUAUAAUUAAUGUGUCAGAUGUACCUCAGUUUGUACUUGUGUGUUGCAGGCUACACCUAUCUAGAGCUUGUAUCGGUCAGUACAGUUAAUAGAAAUGAUGGUAAAUUCCUGUUGUGUUGGUGACUUCCAAACUCUGUAAAUUGUACACUCAGUAACACUCUUCAAUCUCUGAAAACCACUGUGGGUGUAUCAACAUCCAAGGACUGCAGUGGUUCAUAAAGUCAUCUUGCCACUACUUUCUCCAGGAUAACCAGAGAUUGGGAAUAAUAGCUGACUUAGCCAGUCAUAUCCAAAACCCAGUAAUGGCUUGCUAAUAAUGGUCUAGGUUGGGUGGACCUCUCUGUCUGGUAGCCUAUGAAGCACUUGCAAGUGUUGGUGCAGGACCCUGUAGUUCUCAGCACAGAAUGUCUGUGUGAAUUUUGACAUGUUGUACAUUAGCCUAUCGCAAAGAUUUGGCUUGGAAAUCAAAACCAGGCAGACUCUCCCGACCAUGAGUUACAGAGAGCUAUUGGGGCAUGAGCACUUAAAGUUAUUGGCAACAGAAAGAUGCCAAGUGAGCUUUGUGUCUUAGACUCAUCAGGACACAUGCUAGAAUGGCAAUUUCCAAAGGGACUAACAACUUAUAUUGCAUGAAAAACAGAUUGCUGAUCUGUUGGCAAGUGGAGAACGGUUGCCAUGGAGAAUGCACUAGGGCACAGAUAAUAUUUUGUUUAAAUUGUAAGAAGGCAAAUCGACUGUGGUCAGGGUGUGCCCCAGGGGAACAAAUUUUUGUUUAACUCAAAAGUGCACUACCUGAACAAUUUCCUUCUGUCUGCAGAAGGUCUGUGUAUGAAAAUGUUUAGCUAUUAACCAUCAAUCAGUCAUUCAGAGUCCAACUGAUGACCUUAAAUUGCUUGUUCGUGUCAUUUCUGACACACACACAGUUGUUCAGUAAGUGUUGUCCAAUUGUAGCAACAAAUCCAAUGUUGACAUCACAAUUUUGAGCUCAUCCCUUAAAUUCCUCGGUCUUUACUGUUAGUAAAACUAUACAAAGCCUCUGGCAAAAUUAGCAGAGGGAGAAGAUCAGAGGAUUGCCCUUUAAUCAUGCUCUUUAAACCAGUGGUGUAAAUGUGAAGUGUUUGUCUUUCACUGUACUUUCCACACGACAUUUCCCAGCCCCCGAUCCUGGAGUGAGUCUGAAUUGUUUGUAGCCUCCUGCCUUCAUAGAUACUAUUGGUUACAGCCAAAUCCCCACUUUAACCAAGUGUGCUUAGACAGAUAUCGUGAAACAAGUGGGCGGGAUUUGAAUUCAUGUAAACCCUGGACAGUAUAUACUGGUAAUUUAUUUAUGUUUUUUUUAAAAAACGCUUGUUUUCAGGCUGCAUGUGUAAAAUGCUUGGAUUUGUGAGACAAUGACUCACCAGAUGAGACUAAUGACAGUUACGUUUUCCAAAAACGUGAAAAAAAUAAACUUUUGGAAUGAUGGAUUGCAGUUGCUCUUUGUUUUAAUAAAGUCAUUUUCUUUUUUUA